CCCCCUUUUGGAACAAGAAACUCCAAGGUAAGCCGGGCAAGAAGGUCAGAACCAAGACCAAGGUUUCCAAGAAGCCUGCCAAAAAGAAGGUAGAUACAACUGAUUUAUUUACUCUGGAUGAUGAGUCGGAGGUAGAACUUGACUCCCUUGGCUCUUUCUUUGUUCGUCUUAUUAACAUUGAUUACUAUCAAGAUGACGCGGAGGCCAGUCAUGCAGAUGGUGAAGAGGUAACUAUCCUUUCCUCCGACUCAGAACCUCUACAAGGACAGAAAGUUCGUCAAGCGAGUCGGAAAGUAAGGUUUUCUCACCCUUUAGCUUACCUGGAUCCCAACUUUAUUUUGAAGAAGCAGCAGCACGAAGUUCACCGCACGACCCGGAACAAAGGCGGUGGGAAUCUCUCCUCCGGCUUACCUAACAUGUCGGUUCCUCGCAAACGCCGAGCAGAGGUUUCACAGAUUUCCGACUUAGCUUUUCCAAAGGCGGGUCUUAUUCGACAACCUCUUAACCCUUCUGAUUCAAACUAUCAAGGAACUUCUCACUCCUCAUCUGGUGGCUCCACUGGGACUCAGAUCCCCCUCUUCAAAGUCGCCCCUAGUGGUAAAGCCAAGCCAAGCAAGAAGGCGAAGACAAGUAAGCUCGGCGAUGACACCAACACCACUGAGCCAGAGAAGCAAAUGAUGUCAGAAGCUUCCCAUCAGACUCUUGAAGCUGCCGCUGAUGAUCCGCCGCCAUAAGAGCACAAUGUCACAUUGGACUCCAUGGAUGUUAACCCGGCCAAUGCUAAGCCGCCAAGUCCCAUCAAGCCUACUGAAGAAAAGGCUGAAGACGUUGUUGUCACCGAGGUUGGUUAUACAGAGCCGGGCAACCCCAUUGUCUUAUCUAAACACAACGCUAAAGAGGAAUUUUCAGCUGCUGAAAAAGGCAAGUGGAAGUUGGAUUUGGGAAGCUAUGCCCAGUUCAACGCCCAUGAGAUUCAUGCGGGCUAUUUGAACCGCCUUCACACCAGUCGCGGCUUUGAAGCUGGCCUGGUUAACCUCAUGAAGGAGCGUUUUGAGGCUGAAUUAAAUAUGAAAGAAUCUCAAGUCACCGAUCUGCGGCAAAACAUCAAAUCCCAACAAUCAGAGACUUCGAAGGCCAUGUCAGAGCUGAAAACCGCCUUAGAAGAGACUGAAAACUGAAAAGGGAUUUCAGUGUUGAGAGAACCGGCCGGGAGACUCAGAAGGCGGCUCUAUUAAAAAGAGCUGAAGAUGUUGAGGCUACUCUUAAGCCGGUGACUGACGAGUUAUCCGGCUUGAAGCAUCAAAUUAAUAGCAUGACCGCUG